AUGAUCGAUCCGCCCGCGAUUAACGUCACCGUACCGGAACCGACCGCACCGACCGAAAACGACUCCCCCGCGAAGGUGAUGAACCUGAUCCGUAAAUGGGGAUGUCACUUCGACGUGAAGGACCCGGUGUCCUUCCUGGAACGUAUCGACGAGCUACAAGCCGAAUACGGCUACGAUAACGCGUUGCUCCUUCGCGGACUACCGGAGAUGCUACGGGGAGAUGCGCUCCUCUGGUAUCGCAACAACCGGACCGCGUGGGGGACAUGGCAGGAGUUCCUCGGAGAAUUCCGAGAGUACUACCUGCCGCGCCGCUAUUUUUCUCAGCUCCGGCGGGACAUUCAAGCCCGAACGCAGGCUCCGGACGAGCCGUACCGCAAUUAUACGUCCGCCGCGACGACGUUCACCGUGCCACCGAAUUACUGCGGGGAGCAGAAGAAUUCGAGCACAUUAGCUCGCAAUGCCGCGAGCGGCAACCCGCGCCGAAGCCGUCCGCGAAUUCUGCUGCCGUCGCCUACGACAAGAACGAAUGCUGCUAGCGGUGCAAGCAGCGCGGCCACACGCGAUUCGAAUGCCGCCGCGCGGCCCGCAAGUUCCGUUCCCAGUGCGGGAAAGAUAACGUGUAUACCCGCGACUGCCAUCCACCGCCGGGAAACGCCACCAGGACCGGGGGCACCGAGACCGCUCCUCGGUCCUCCGAAUAAGAUACAAUCCGCGACCGCACGUCGAUGUCCCCGUCGGGACACCACGCUCACAGCCUUGCUAGACUCGGGCUCCGAAGGCUCAUUUGUGAGUACCGACGCCGCCGAACGCCUCCGCGGGAAGGGGUACACGACGCUACCCGUCACCGGCCGGAUCUACCUCGCGGACGGCUCCAGCACGCCGGUAGAGACUUGCCUCGUACUGCCGGUCGUAUUCCCGGCACGCUCGUUCCGACACGAAUUCCGCGUGCUACCCGGACUCGACGUCGACAUGUUGAUCGGCGUCGAUGUCAUGGCACGAGCCCGGAUAACGAUCUCUCCGCCGCCGUUACACCGGGAGGACGACCGCGCACCGCGAGACGCCGCUCGCCCGACGACCGCCGCCAGUACCGAACCCGCGGAAGACGCACGGUUACAGGCUUUUCUCGCCGAAGAACUGCCAAAGUUCAACCAUGUACGCGGACCGACCGAUCGCGCGGAGCAUGUUAUCCGCGUCAAGAACCAUCCGCCGAUCAAGCAGCGUUACCGUCCUCGAAAUCCGGCGAUGCAGGCGAUCAUCGACCAAGAGGUCGACGAGAUGAUACGCGCCGGUGUGAUCGAGCCGUCUCGCAGCGCAUGGAGCUCGCCGAUCGUCAUUGUGCGCAAGAAAGACGGAAAACCGCGGUUCUGCAUAGAUUUCCGCCGCGUAAACGAGGUAAUGGAACGCGACGCCUACCCGUUAUCGCAAAUACCAGCCACGCUCGACAAGCUGAGAGGCGCGCGUUACCUCUCGACGCUCGAUCUAAUGAGCGGCUAUUGGCAGAUACCCCUGGCACCGGCAAACCGACCCGUUACCGCUUUUACCGUGCCGGGGGUUGAUGCAGUUUAA